GUUAAUGCGCAUGCGCUCGAGACAGAAAGCAAUAAAGCGAUGUGCGUGCUUCAGACGAGUCGUCUGCGUGCCUUGAAGCCGUAGUGAGCUGAGUUAUUAUCCUCUCGAACAACAACAUGCCUCCCAACAGGAAUCCAGAAGUGAAAUACACUCAGCUGUUCAUCAACAAUGAAUGGCAGAAUUCAGCCAGCGGAAAGACUUUCCCCGCUUUCAAUCCAGCCACGGGGGCGAAAAUCGUCGAUGUCCAAGAAGCUGACAAGGCCGAUGUGGACCGUGCCGUGAAGGCAGCCCGGGAGGCGUUUCGACGAGGAUCAACCUGGAGGACAAUGGACGCAUCUGAGCGAGGACGACUCCUCUUCAAGUUAGCUGCCCUCAUCAAGAGAGACAUCGAAUAUAUCGCGAGCUUGGAAGUUUUAAACAACGGAAAACCGUACGGCGAAGCCUAUUUCGACAUUGAGUGUACAAUUGCCACUAUCGAAUACUACGCAGGUUAUGCAGAUAAGUUCCAUGGAAAAACGAUUCCCGCAGAUGGCGAUGCGUUUUCUUUCACCAGGCUCGAGCCCAAAGGCGUUUGUGGUCAAAUUAUUCCUUGGAACUACCCCAUGGUGAUGCUAAGCUGGAAAAUCGGACCUGCCCUGGCUACAGGCAACACAGUGGUUCUAAAGCCUGCCGAGCAGACUCCCCUAACCGCUCUUUACACUGCCAGCCUGGUCUUGGAGGCCGGAUUCCCACCCGGGGUGUUCAACGUGGUACCCGGAUACGGUCCGACUGCUGGAGCUGCAAUUGCGUCACACAUGGAUGUUGAUAAAGUGGCUUUCACUGGAUCCACAGAAGUGGGUAAAAUUAUUCUUCAGGCAGCUGGAGCAUCAAACACCAAACGUGUCACACUUGAGAUGGGAGGAAAAAGCCCUCUCGUCAUAUUCGAUGAUGCAGACCUGGACGAAGCAGUUGAAAUCGCCUACAAUGCUGUUUUCGCCAACAUGGGGCAGUGCUGCUGUGCCGGCACACGUACUUUUGUGCAAGAGGGUAUCUACGAGGAAUUCAUCAAAAGGAGCGCAGCGAGGGCCCAGAAAAGAGUCGUUGGGGACCCAUUCGAUGAGAAAACUGACCAUGGACCACAAAUCGACGAAGAACAGUUCACCAAAAUCUUAGAUUUGAUUGACUCGGGAGUAAAACAAGGCGCCCGCUUGGCGUGUGGUGGAAAAAGGAAGGGCCAAAAGGGUUUCUUCGUUGAACCCACAGUUUUUGCUGACGUCACUGAUGACAUGCGCAUCGCCCGCGAAGAGAUUUUUGGCCCCGUCAUGCAGAUCCUUAAAUUCAAGACCUUAGAUGAAGUAAUUGAUAGGGCAAACGACACUCGAUAUGGACUCGGAUCUGGGAUCGUCACAAAAGAUCUCAACACGGCUCUCACGUACGCUCAACAAGUGCAGGCGGGAUCUGUUUGGGUGAACUGCUACGAUCAUACCACAAGCCAGACUCCUUUCGGCGGUUUCAAGAUGUCUGGUCAAGGCAGAGAACUGGGUGAAGAUGGUUUGCACGAAUAUCUGGAAAUUAAAACAGUGACAAUCAAAAUUCCCAAGAAAAAUUCUUAAAUACAGCCAGAAUUAAAAUACCGUGAAAGAGUAUUCAAUUCGAACAAGCCAUUGCAUGCACUGGAUUCGUGCGAAUCCCAUUGAAUUUUUGUAUGGACAUAUUUUACGAAAUUUUUUACUGUUUAAUCUUUACUUGAUUUUGUAAUUUUUGAAAAGUUUGUGCCAUUUUCGAUAAAAAAUAAAUUGAAAUUUGAAAUA